AUGGCCGUGGGUUGGCUCCGGUUCGUGUGGCCGCUGCUGGGGCUCUGUACUCGGCUUCAUGCUUCACAAAACCCCCGGCCUCCUCUGGACCUGCUCCUCCCCUACACUGGUCCUCACGGCCCCUCUCACUCCCACCGUCACGUUCGGGACUGUCAGCCUCUGCUCUUCGGAAACAGCACCCAUGAAACAUGGAAAGCGGAUGCCACUCAGGGUGAAGAGGCCCGGUCCUCUGUGUUCGUGACCGACGUGAAGAGCUCCUCCGGCCCGCGCUGGGUCUACGGCCACAUGACGGUGGUGCAAGACCCCCUGCGGACCCUCUCAGUGCUGGAGCCGGGGGGAGUGGGCGGCUGUGGCCUGAACCAUUUGACCCCUGUGGAGACAACGGCCCAAUCAGGCGGGUGCAUCUACGCCCAGAACGCAGGCUUUUUCAACACCAGCAAGGGGCAGUGUCUCGGGAACGUGAUCAGUGAGGGUCGACUGGUGAGGAGCAGCGGGGGCGUCCAGAACGCUCAGUUUGGAAUCCGCCGAGACGGCAGCCUGGUGUUCGGGUAUCUGUCUGAGGAGGAGGUGCUGGACCAGAAGAACCCCUUUGUUCAGCUGGUCAGUGGAGUGAUGUGGCUGCUGCGAGACGGACAGGUCUACAUCAACCACAGCCUCCAGGCAGAGUGUGAUGAGACCCAGGAGACCGGUACCUCUGCUCUUCCUCUGCUCCUCCUCCUCGGCUCUUCCUCCUCCGCUCCUCUGUUCCUCCUCUGUUCCUCCUCUGCUCUUCCUCCUCUGCUCCUCCUCCUCGGCUGUUCCUCCUCUGCUCUUCCUCCUCUGCUCCUCCUCCUCUGCUCCUCCUCCUCUGCUCUUCCUCCUCUGCUCUUCCUCCUCUGCUCCUCCUCCUCUGCUCCUCCUCCUCUGUUCCUCCUCUGCUCUUCCUCCUCUGCUCCUCCUCCUCGGCUCCUCCUCCUCUGCUCCUCCUCCUCUGCUCCUCCUCCUCUGCUCUUCCUCCUCUGCUCCUCCUCCUCAGCUCCUCCUCCUCGGCUCCUCCUCCUCUGCUCCUCCUCCUCGGCUCCUCCUCCUCUGCUCCUCCUCUGCUCCUCCUCCUCUGCUCUUCCUCCUCUGCUCCUCCUCCUCUGCUCUUCCUCCUCUGCUCUUCCUCCUCUGCUCCUCCUCGUCUGUUCCUCCUCAGCUCUUCCACCUCUGCUGCUCCUCAGCUCCUCCUCCUCCGCUCCUCUGCUCCUCCUCCAUUCCAGAUGUGGAGCAUCGCUGCGUCACUUCGUGGACGUGAUCUCGGCUCGCACCGUGGUGGGACACGACGCUCAGGGCAGAGUUCUGCUUGUGCACAUCGAUGGACAGACAGAACUACGAGGGAUGAAUCUGUGGGAGAUGGCAGACUUCCUGAAGGAGCACAAUGUGAUCAACGCCAUAAACCUGGACGGAGGCGGCUCUUCGACCUUUGUGAAGAACGGGUCUCUGGCCAGCUACCCCUCAGACCACUGCAUUCCAGACAGCAGGUGGCGCUGUGCUCGAGCCGUGUCCACUGUGCUGUGUGUCCACCCCAGACGUUGUGAAGCCGGCUGCAGAGGUCGCUGUGAGUCUGGGGUGUGUGUUUGUGAGGCCGGCUGGAGCGGGGACCUGUGUGAGAGAGCUCCUUGUGAGGACCGAGGCUGCGGACGCCACGGCAUGUGCACACACGAGGGCUGUGUGUGCGACGCUGGGUGGAUCGGACACAACUGCAGCCGAGCGUGCCCCUCCGGUCUGUACGGUGACGGCUGUAAUCAGAGCUGCUCCUGUGUGCGAGGCUCCUGUGAUGCGGUGCACGGCCUCUGCUCCUGUCCUCCAGGGUUCACCGGAGACUCCUGUCAGAACGUGUGUCCUCAGGGAUCGUUCGGCUUGUCCUGUUCGCAGAUCUGUAACUGCUCAGAUUCCUGCUUCUGUGACGCUGUCAGCGGCCAAUGCAGCACAACAUUCACACCGGAGAGAAACGCAACGCUUCACACAGUGGAGCAGUGUUUGGCCGAUCACAUGUUUAAAUCCUGGAUACGAGACGAGCGCUCUACCCUGGAGCAGCACUAUCUGUCUGAACGCUCCUGGCUGAUCUUUGGGUCCGCUCUGCUCCUGCUGCUCCUCUGCAUCAGUGUUUCUCUGCACCUCCUCACCUGCUGCAGAGCCUCCUCUCUCUCCUCCGCCAUCGCUCGCCCUUACGCCUACAUCCCACUGCAGCACAUGGACCACUCUGUCCCUGCGGAAGAGAUGGGAAACGACUCUGAGUCUGAGGAUGAGGUAACGCUGCAGGAGGCGUGGAUCACUAUAAAAACGAUGAAAAUCCAUGUUCAGACCUUCAGACUUGACUCAGACGUUACUCUGGAGCAGAAGGUGGCAGAUGCUGUUCUGACCAGGUGGCAAAACAGCAUCGAAAGCUGCCUCCCCAUGGCGCACUCCACUAAAACCAUCGCCAAGGGCUGUUUUGGCAAAGUCUACAAGGAGAAGUACGGCGACAAGUGGGCCGCAAUCAAGAGGGUCCCAAUGGGUCUCAUCAACAUGAAGGACCUGGAGAGGGAGUGUGCCGUCUAUAAAAAAGCGGAGCACCUAAACAUUGUGAAACUCUUGGGCCCUGUCACUUGCAAAGAUGGAAAAUAUGUCAUUCCACUGGAGUUCAUUGACGGAGAGGAUUUGGAGAUGACUAUUUUCAACGUGUCAAAGUCCAAAGUGCCGUCAACCAGCUCUGCAAAAACCACCAUCAUUUUGGGAAUGUGUGAAGGCCUCCUCCAUCUGCAUCGGCUAGACAUUGUCCACCAAGACCUGAAGCCAGACAACAUCAUGGUGGAACACGGCACAAACAGAGCCGUCAUCAUCGACCUGGGGCUGGCCAAGUUCUUCAAAAAUGGUCUGAACUCUGCGAUGGACAUGGGCAACGAGGCGUACUCUGCCCCGGAGGUCCUGAGGAUCAGCAGCCAGCGGGACCAGCGCUCGGACGUCUGGGCCAUGGGAAAGAUCAUCGCUGAACUGUGCGCCCGAGUCCGCCUGGUCACCACCAGUGUGAACCCAGAGAAGAUCAAAGAGUUUCUGAAGGACAGCCCCUACUGCAGCACCGUGUGCCGCAUGGUGCAGCCCGACCCUUCACUGCGCGCCACCAUGGCCGGGGUCAUUGGUGACAUAAGAACCAAAGCAGUGACAAGUGGGGCAGGAGCGCACCGCUUUGUACCACCUGCAAACCCCACCAGAGGAAGACAUCUGAUGCCCUCUAACCCUGUCCCUGCGAGAGAGCACUCCCCCAGGCCUCAGCCGAGUGGUGGAUUUGCAGAAGAGGGCCUCCUCACCGUGGUCACACCAGGCGCACAGCUCACUCCAAAACUUAUGAAGAUGAAGCUGCACGACGAGCCGAAGAAGGACCUCCUCCCUGUGGUCCAAUCAAGGGGGAAACGGUACGGUCAAGACAUGGUGAAGACUAAGCUGUUCGAAGCUGCGACGAGAGACCUGCCCUUUGAUGUACCCGCACAUGGACGAGUGGUGGUGCAGAGCUUUGAGGAGAAGGACGGCGAGGUGGAGCAUUGGCAACAGAAGGAGCUGGUGAUGCGCGACGGCCGCAUCGUCAAGUUCAACAACGUCGAGCUCAACAAAUGA